AGGUCUCACCAACCUUUCUCAAGCGUCUCCAAGCUACUGAGUAUAUAUAUUUUACUGCUAUAAGAGCCCUAGGAAGCGGGGAAGCGCGAGGCUUCAACACUUCGACUUAAAAAGAUCAACAACGAAUUUUCCUGAAAUGUUUAAGAACAAUUAAAAGGAGCAGGCGUUUUCAAUCUAUCAACUAAGAGAGCAAUCAUACCACCCACCUCCUAAGACACCGUCGCUCGUUGUGGCGGUCGGCGAGAUGACAGCUGUUUUUUCAUCUGUGAAUGUAAUAAAUAUUGGCUGCUUUUAAUAUUUGCCAGGAUCUCUCCUCCUUGUUCCCUGGAAUUUUAACUCUAAAAGAUUGGCGAACCGAUUAUCGGCCGGGCUUUUGCAAGCCUGCAAAAUGAUGCUGAGUCCGGACCAAGCCGCCGACUCAGAUCACCCCAGCUCGACGCACUCGGACCCGGAGUCUCUGGGCGGCGCAGAUGUCAAGGUGCUGGGCAGCGUGUCGGACCUGGAGCCGGUGGAGGAGGCCGACGGCGACAGCAAGGGCGGCAGCCGGGCCGCGCUCUAUCCGCACCCGCAGCAGCUGAGCCGCGAGGAGAAGCGCCGACGCCGGCGCGCCACGGCCAAGUACCGCUCGGCCCACGCCACCCGCGAGCGCAUCCGCGUGGAGGCCUUCAACCUGGCCUUCGCCGAGCUCCGCAAGCUGCUGCCCACGCUGCCCCCGGACAAGAAGCUCUCCAAGAUCGAGAUCCUGCGCCUGGCCAUCUGCUACAUCUCCUAUCUCAACCACGUCCUGGACGUGUAGGGAGGGGGACGCUGCGGGAGGCCGCCGGUCCCGGAGGGCGUCUAGUCUGCCAAAGGCGACACACCCGUCCUGGCAGGCCUGAGGGUCGCCCAGAGACACCAGAACGAGGGGGGAAGCUUGCAGUCUAUUCUCUCUGGUCAUCAAGGCAACAGGGCAAUGUUUCCGAGCCUGGGAGGUGGGGUUGGACAGAAAGAUCUGGGUCUUGGAGGGGUAUUUUCCUGGCUGGAAGAACCUUCUGGAGGUACCUAGGGUGAGUUGCUCUGGGGCCUUCCUUGGAUGUGUUAGGGACAUCUCCUUAAGGGUGGUUGUGGUAACCCACUGGAGGCUUUGAGUCCCCCUAUAUUUAAAUCCCAUACAUCUUCAUAUUUUGAAAGGAUAAGGGAGGGCAGAAGCUCAGCCCAGGCUGUUCGUUUCAGAUUGUGACUAUCGGGGAUUUUUCUAAUUGAGAAAUCACCAAACCUUGGGGAGAAGGGAAAGAUUAAAAUCUUUUCCAUAUAGAGAUUAAGACAGAAAGGUGGCCCAGUAAACUUUCUGUUCACCCUGUAAAAUGAAAAAUCACAUUCAAAUACAAAUAAAAUCCUGAAUAUUUGACAAGGUUAAAAAAAAAGAUGCAUUCAGAAUAAACAAAACACACCGUGGGAGGAUUUGAGUUUAGUGAGACUUUAACCCCAAGAUAGGACACUAAAGUAGAUAGAAAACUCCAUAUUUAAAUGGAAAAUUUAACAUCUGAUUGCUUUUCCGGGCAAAAUGCCCCUUUAAAUAUCCAAAAACAACCCGUCUAUUUGUGACCUUAACAUGUGGACCCAUAGAUGCAGUUAGAAAAAAGACAACCUAUUUUUAUUUAUGUUAGAAGGAGUAGAGUAUUUUUUUCAAGACAUUUAUUUUUCAGAGUGGUGAUAAUUUUACUUUGGAUACUCCGUGCCAAUUUAUUUAUAGUCAAGUGUUUACACUUUUCCCCCGUGAAAUAAUUGUGUCUAACCUUUUAUGUGUUUGUUGCGAUUAUCUUGUGGUCUUUCUUCUUUAUUUUUCGGAUUAUAUUGCACUUAUAUAAGAGAGUUCCCGCUUCCCCUGUUUCUAAGCAUAUUUUAUAUAUUAAGAAGUUGGUUGUUUUGUUGUGAGAUCAGCAACACUAGCCCUUCACUGCUAUAGUUUUAUAAGAAGUUAAGUGUUGUUAUUCUUGCCUGUAGUUUUGUCUGAAAAGAACCUUUCCAAACUGUUUAUAAGGAAUAGCUUCUUGUGUGUGCGUGAGUGACGUUUGUGCGUGGGAUGAUUUUAGGAAGUUACAUUAUUUUCCUAAAAAAAGAAAAGAAAAAAGAAUUUAGACUUACUUCCUCUGUGACAACCAAAAAGAAAAGUCUAUGACCUGGAAAUGUUUCAUGUUCUCGGCUGUGAAACUCGUAAAACGAGAAGUGUAUUUUAGAGACAAGGGAGAAAGGAAAAAAAAAAAACACAUCUGCUAUCCAAAGAUUUUAGUCUUUUUCAGGGUUUUUUUGUGUCUCUGUUGCUUUAUAUAAUGCAAUAUUUUGUAGUGAAAAUAGAUAUAACCUGGUUUCUACCUGACAAGUUUUCAUAUCUCAUGACUGGUGCGCUGUUUUGCAUAUAAAUAAAGGUAUCAGAUAAAA